AUGUACAAAGAGAGUGCUGCACCAAGACUCCAAGCGAGAUUAACUUUUGGAUCAUCAAGCCUUGCACCUCCUCCGGAAUUGCCCAGGCUUGCCCAGACAGGCCCAGCCCCCAGCCUGCCGGCACCUCAGUACAAUCAUUAUCCCAUCUGCAGCACCAACAGAGCAAGCAAAGCUCAGCUGGGCCCAAGGAGCGCGACCGUCAACCUCGCCCACAACACCCUCUCCUCCGAGCUCGACGCAAGUGCUUAUGUUGCCUUGCCUACUCUGCGAUCACUAUUUUCGUUCUUGUACACUUUGACGCUGUCCUUAAUUCCUGAACAAGUCCUUGGGUUCAGAUUAUAAUAAUUAACCAGAUUCAUCAUUCCAGUCACGCUAUCCUUCAACUCAUCACGACCCAUCUUGCUGCACCCUUUACAUAAA